ACUGGUAACUUUUUUUUCCCAGUUACCAUAUCAAACGUCUGUGUAUGUGUUUUUCGUGUCGUGCCUGUCAUGCCUUGACGUACAGACAACAGAAAGUGACAGCGAAGUGGACGUGUACAUUUAUACCUGUAAUGCCAGUCCGGUAACGGAAGCAAUCGGUACACGACCAGUAUCGACUACUUGACAAGGUUCGAUCUAGUCCACGCUGACACGUGUGUUGUCGAUACGGACAACUUAAUCAAGGCACCGCUAGUUGUCAUAGUAGGGUAGGAAUUAUAUACGCUCACAAACAGACGCAUGGAUAAACGGACCAGCACAGCUGUUGACGUUGUUGACUGAGGUGAUGGUCUGAAGUGAAUUGCAUACUGAACCGCACAUACUCUACUUGAAAAGCAUUCAUGGUUUAUGUAUCCAAUGACAAAUGUCACAGCAGAAACGAGAUGGAUAAAACUGGGCGAAGUUUCGAGUUUCGCAUGUCCAAAAAAGUUGCAGAACUCACACAAGUCGUUCACAUGCUGUUCACGAGAAACCACGAGAAAGAGGUUGAAAUCGAGGCUCUGAAGGACGCGUAUGAAUAUGAAAUUCAGUUGGUUAUUGCUGAUGCCAAACAAAAGAUUAGUGCUCUGGAAGUGGAGUUAGAGGACGCACAAACGCAGAAGGGUGUAGAUGAAAGCAAAUGGAGGUCUUUAUUGAACGAAGAAAUGAAAACUAGAGAAGAGGAAUGGAGAAAAAAGGUUUCUGACGGCGAGAUGCUUUUACAGGAUGAGAGAAACGAGUGCCAAAACCUUAGAGACCUUCUCAUCAACGCUCAGAAGGAUAUAGAAAAAUUACGUCAGGGUGUUACAAAUCAACUGACGUACAAGUCAGAGGAACUUUUAAAACGAGACACAGAUCUCGAGAAACUGAAAAAAUACGUUGCCGGUCUGGAAAGGACUGUCCGGGACUCGGAGAAGGAGAAUGCGGACACGGUUCGCGAGUUUGAGAGGAGCAACACGAGGCUGGAGCAGGAGCUGACGCACAUGCACGAGCUGCUGGAGGAGGGCCACCAGGCGCGGGAACAGCUGAUGGCGAAAAACAGGCAGUUGGAACACGAAUUAAAGACUCUGAAAAAAGAAUUCAAUCGCAAAAUAUCGGAGAUCGUCAGCAACCAGAAUGGCAGAGCGCCAAGGAUUGCUUCGUACGCUAACCAGAACGAUGAAUUGGAGAGACUGAGACGUGAGGUGCAGAGGUAUCGUUUAGAACUGAGUAAUCGAGACUUGAACUUCAAUCGCAUGUUCACCAAUCAGCAACCCAUCUUUGUUGACCAGCGCACGGGGAGAACAAAAAGCACGAAAUCGCCAUUACAAGUUCAACAAAAUGGCUACCACCCAUCCACACCUCCCUACGUCAGCCAAUCGGUGGACGUUUUGAAAGGUUCAACUAACAAAUCACUACCUCAAUCUAAAAUAGUACACGCUCAACAGACGUCCAUUCAAAUGUUUGCACGAGAGAAAAGUCAUAUGAACAACGGUUUUACUGAGAAUUUAACGUCAGCUUCCGGAUCUCUUUCAUCAACGCCUUCCAAUCCCCGAACUGUGUCAUCCCAGAGUCAUCUCCCUUCAAUAACGCCUACGUCUGCUUCCAGUGAGCACAGAGCCAGAUUGAAGACUCUAGCAAAACCAAGGCCGCUGUCAAAAGAGGCUCUCUUUGGGAAAUGAAAUUAUAACAUCUUCAACAUAAGUUAAAAGAAGACUAGCAAAAUCAAGGCCUCUGUCAAGAGGCUCGAUUUUGGAAAUGACAUUAUAUAACAGCUUCAACAUAAUGAAAGAAGACUAACAAAACAAAGAGCUUUGUCAAAAGAGGCUCUCUUUGGGACAUGAAAUUAUAAUAUAUUCACAUAAAUAACAUAACACAAACAACUGUUCUAUGGUCCUACACUAUUAUCGAGAAGACGUUAACAUACAGAGUGGAUGUGGACCAAAUGACCUUGACAAAUCGUCAGGUAACUGAAAGGGAAAUGUUCACCUAUUUUAAUUGUUUGAUACCAUAUCAUAUUUAAAAAGAUAUUAGGCUACAAUGUGAAAAGCUGUUAAAUACUGAAAACGUUUUAUAAAGCCGAUUCAGACUGCAACACCGCAGACCAAAGAUGUCUCUUGAAGCAAAUAUCAGGGAAUUUACAAAAGAGGUUAAAUAUUUGUUUUAAAAAUGAAAACCGCAAUAAGUAUUAUAAGAUGGUAACCUAUGUAUGAUGUAUAUAUAAUAAAUGUUCUUGUCGUUAGGAUUGUCAUUUUGCUCACCACUAGAAGAAAGGACGCUGAUUAUAUUUUUGUAAUAUCCUAAUAGUAGGUAAGAUAUAUAAGCCUAUUAAAGUAAAUGCUGUGUUUGCCCUGACAAUGCUCAAUUUGCCUAGUCGUGUGUUUGUGAUAGGGCUCCCCGUUCAUACAAAUAACAAUCAUUGAGAAAUCAUACAUUGCAGUCAUCAGAUAUUAUUUUCGUAAAUAAAACCAUUGAAAAUCCUUCAAUGUACAGUGCUUGUAUAUAUAUGUUUUUGUAUUUAAAUUAGGGCGCAGAUGAAAUGACAUUAUGUGAAAUCAAGGCAUUUAACCAUUUAAAGGGUAUUUUAUAGAAAAUAAUCAAUAAAAAUGUUUCACAUA